UAAGCGUGUAGUUCCAAAUAGCUGUCAACAGACGAAGCAUAAGUAAAAAAAGAUUAAUCAACGUUUUCAUUAAAUACAGUUGAAUAUUUUUUACCGAAAGUCAUUUUUAAUCAAUAAGUUUAUCCAAAAAAUUUUGGUUAUUAUCAAGCUAUGGGUAGUCUCGAGGAAGCAUGUAUUACUGGGUUUUUAUGUAGACUGUGCUCGCAAAUUCAUCGGUCAGUAAUUUUUAUUUACGGAGCUGAAGGAAAUGAACAUGAAUUGGAACAAAAAAUCAACAACUAUCUUCCAGUUAAAAUAGCUCCAACUGAUCCGCUGCCCAAAACAGUUUGCGAAAUAUGCAUGAAUAAAGUCAUUGAACAUCAUGGCAUGAUGAAAAAAAUUUUGGAAACACAGAAAAAGUUUACAAGAAUGCGGGAAGAAGAGAUGCUUUUACGGCAACAGUUGAAUAGGAACAAUUCAUCUCAACCUAACAGUCACCAAAAUACUACACUUAGUACUUCUAGCAAUAGCAGCAGACAUUCAAACAAUUCAUCCGCCUCAAUACAGCUAACAACAGCGGCUACUAGUAGUAGAACAGGAUCUUCACCUGCGGUAAGCCCCAUUUUAAACCAUAGGAUUACUAGAUACGCACUACGCAUCCACCGCCAACUGAACAAUAAUGCAGAUGACUAUACAUACCAUAACGAGAGCAGCUCAUCAUCAACAGAUGAUGAAAGUGACAGCGGCAGUGCUGUUGAAAACUGAACUUGAUUCUACAAAUAAAAAUAUGCAUUCAAGUGUUAGUUUGAACAAAAAAAAAAUAUAAUGCUAGUGCGAAUAGUA